AUGGCCUCGGCUUUCUACAUGUUUACACUAAUUCUUCUUCUUCUUCUUCUUCCAUUUACUACUAGUGCACAACAUACGAUUUGCCCGUUUGAAGCUAUAUACCAGCUAGGCGAUUCGAUUUCCGAUACCGGCAACCUUAUUCGUGAAGGUCCGGCCGGUGCUAUGUCCUACGCAGCUCGCUUCCCGUAUGGUGAGACUUUCUUCCACAGGCCCACUGGUCGCUGCUCCAAUGGGCUCUUGAUCAUCGACUAUAUUGCUAUGGCUCUCCGUCUUGCACUUGUUAAUCCAUACUUGGAGAGAGGCGUCUCAUUCGAUCAUGGAGUAAACUUUGCCGUGGCAGGAAGCACCGCACUUGAUGCUUCGUUUUUCUCUGCUAGAAACCUUCACGUGCCCUUGUCCAACAGUCCACUUAGCACCCAAUUGAACUGGUUCAGAACCCAUCUGAACUCCCUCUGUCAUACUGAUCAGACAGAUUGUGGUAACAAUAACAGACUUGAAAGAGCUCUUGUGUUAGUGGGAGAGAUCGGAGGUAACGACUAUAACUACGCCUUCUUUCAAGGCAAACCCAUUGAAGAGAUUCGGACUUACGUACCCUAUGUGGUGGGAGCCAUAACCAACGCUGUCAGAGAAGUAAUAGGGAUGGGUGGCAUCCGGAUUGUUGUUCCUGGGAAUUUUCCGAUAGGAUGCAUCCCCAUCUACCUUACAUCGUUCCGCAACAACGAUCCAAGGGCAUACGAUGACAUGGGGUGCCUCAGUGGCCUAAACGAUUUUGCAAUGCUUCAUAACAAUUACCUGCAGCGUGCCUUGGACGGAUUAAGACGGGACUAUCCUAACGUUGUUAUUCUCUAUGCCGAUUACUACACCGCUUUCCAGUCGGUUCUUCGCUUUGUUGCGAGUUCCUUACUGAAAGCUUGCUGUGGGAUCGGAGGUGAAUACAACUUCGAUGGAAGCAGGAUGUGCGGAUCUCCAGGUGUCCCCGUCUGUCCUAACCCAGCUAACCGCAUUCACUGGGAUGGCGUUCAUCUAACCCAGGAGGCUUACAGGCACAUGGCAGACUGGCUUACAGGAGAUAUUCUUUCUAGAAUCCAGUGUGUCUGGUAG